CAAAACACUGGGAUUUCUGGCACGAGCCACCAUGCCCAGCCCCCUUUAGCUUUUCUGAAUUUCAGAUUCCUCUUUGAGGAAGUGGCACUAACAGUAAUAUCUUCCUUGAAGGGCUGCUGUGCAGGGACUGCAUGACUCCAUGCAGGGACAGUGCCUGUUAGUUUGUUACAUGUUAGUUUCUUUUCCCUGGAUGUGAGCGAAGGAGGGCCAGGGUGGAAGAGAUGGACUCUCCAGGACCUUGGGGGUUGGGGUCAGGGCCAGGCAGCCUCACAAUGGUCUAGAACUCUCCCUCACUGUAGGUUCUCACCUACUUCAACUCCUCUCCCUGUCCCAGGGAGAGGAGGAAAGGUCUGGGAUGUGUCACCGGGAGGGACUGUCCCCCAGUAUUUCCUACGUCUUUCUUUACUGCUGUGCUUGAAGCUCCCAGGGGACCCCUCAAGAGGUGGUCACUGGCCCGAAGCCCACCCUGUCCUCCACCCGCCACCCCCACCGUACCAAAUGCUGGCUUUGCCCCCUCGACUGUGUUUAUCCUGUCGAGAAAGAUGGUUGUGGUCAUGAGGUUCUUCCGAUGGGUUAGACGGGCUUGGCAAAGGAUUACUAGCUGGGUUUUCUUCUGGAGACAGAAAAUGAAACCAAUGAUGUUAGAACACCCUGCCUCCAAGAAACACUCAUUGAAAAAAGUGAAGACUCUGCAGGUGUCUGAGACUUUGAGGUUGGUCGAGCCCCUCAAAGAGGCUAAGCUUGAGUUGGGUGAGUCCCCUGAGCUGCCAGAUGCCUGCAUGUUGGCCAAGACCACAGAGGGGACCGAGGCGGAGCUGGGCCAACAGGGCCAAUCCCUGCUGCGGCUGCCCAGGAUGGCCGUCAAGUCUGUCUCCACACUCAUGUUUUCCGCCCUGCAGAGCGGCUGGCAGAUGUGCAGCUGGAAGUCAUCGGUGAGUUCUGCCUCAGUUAGCUCCCAAGUGAGGACUCAGUCACCUUUGGAGACGCCGGAGGCUGAGAUGCUGUGGGAGGUGUACCUGGUGCUGUGGGCCAUUCGGAAACAGCUGCGGCAGCUGUCCCGCAGGCAGGAGAGGCGCAGACGGCACCACGUCCGAUGCCACGCUACCCCGCGACCCAAGCCGGUUCAGUCCCUGAAACUGGAUGCCCAGAGUCCCCUCUAGGGGGGAUCCCCAGACCCUCAGAGAGUCCCGACCUCACUCUUACGUCAGAUUGAUGGGAGGGGUCAGGGCGGCAGGCCAGAAGUUGUGGGUGAGGAAAUCCUUUAUAGAGUCACCUCUCAUCGGGAGCCCAAGGCCAGGCCUGGGGUCCCAUAUGAGCCGCUUCAUUCCAUCUAUUCCAUUUGUAAAAAAAAAAAAAAAAAAUCAAAAUAUUGGGAAAUAAAUAUCAG